UCAUAAAACAAAAUAUGUGCUAUGUUUAUUAUUCAAUUUAUGUUUAAACCGAUGCAUCGGAUAGCAGUCAUCGAUAUUUAUUCUGGAUUAAUGAUAUUACAUCCCAAUACUACGUCCACGCGUUGUAAAAUCGAGGAUUGUUUCAUAUAUUUUUAACUGGCGGUCUAACAAACAAAAAAGGAUUCAGUUAAACUGAACUGUUACGUUCAAUAAAACAAUGGAUGACGAGUUUACUCUUCCUGCGGACACAUUAAAGAUACUCAAUGAAUUUCUUCAACAGAAGGCACAAAGAGAACGGGAUGAGCUUGAACGGAUAGAAAGCAAAGCCGCCACGGAUGUGAUGUUCGAGGAAGAUUGGCAACUAAGUCAGUUUUGGUACAAUGAAUCGACUAAGCAGGCGCUGGGAAAAGCAGUUUGCAAAUUGCUUUCUGAGCUGCAAAAUGAGGCUAACAAGAAUAGUUACCGCAUAGCCCUUCUAUCCUGUCCUUCACUAUACGACACUGUGAAGCAAUUGCACAAUAAUGUGAAAAUCUUCGAGUUCGAUAAGCGCUUCUCUGCGUGUGGGGAGGAUUUUGUACAUUAUGAUUUUAACAAAGCAAAUGAAAGUGGAUAUCUUGAAGAAUUCAAGGAAACAUUCGAUCUUAUCAUAGCUGAUCCCCCAUUUUUAUCAGAAGAAUGUAUUACAAAAAUAUCUAAAAUCAUAGGCAGUUUAAGCAAAUCGAGUACAAAAAUUUUAUUUUGCUCCGGCGCCAUUGUCGAGCCAUGGCUGACAACUUGUUUGCAACUGAAAAAGUGUGCUUUUGAACCAAGACAUGAACGUAACUUGGGGAACGAGUUUGUUUCAUUUGCGAAUUUCGAUAUUGACAGUUAUGUAAAUUCAUAGAUUAAUAUUAUAGAAAUAGGUGUAAUAAAUCGGUUCAUAUAAUUUCCGAUUCAAAAAUUUAACAUAAAUUUGAAUGGAUCAAAAAAAUAUUCGGCCCUAACGCGAAUUUCACGUGAACAAAUAUUCGCAAAAAUUAUAAAGCAAGUUAAAGUCAAUUGUUUCCGAUAUGUCUGUUAAAUUCUGGGGACGAUU